AAUGUUUUGUGCUGAUUUAAUUAAUAAGCCUGACUGAGUAAUGCCUUGUGAUGCCUAAUCCAAACCCAAUGACUAUACAAAGCUUUCGACUGGCUUCCACCGUGCAACACACAUCUUGGGGAUUUUCUGUCCGUCAGUCGUUCCUUUUUGAUUUUUAAUCACUUUGAGUUGCUGUCACAAACACCUCGUAUCCCAACAACGCUGACUUUUUUCCCUGUUUUACUUUCUGCUGUUCGACGCUUCUUGCGUGGACAUAGAGGAAGUGAAAUGUCAGACAUUACUGGAACGUAUCGUAUCGUGUCUGAGGAGGAGCAGUCGCUGCGUGCCAAGCUAGAACGUCUCACCACUAAAGACCACGGCCCAGUGUUUGGUAGAUGCGAGAGACUUCCGGAACACACCGUGCAGAAGGCGAAAGAUGAGCUAAAUGAGACUGACGAGAAUCGAGAUUUGUCUGUGAAGGAACUUCGAGAACUGGUCCAAGAAAAAGCCAACUCAGGGGAUGAUCUGUCCAAGGCGGUGGCCGAGAGAGUGAAAAAGGAAGAUGACAGCUUCUUCCUGAGGUUCAUUCGGGCCCGCAAAUUCGAUGUCAACAGAUCUUAUGAACUCUUGAAAGGCUAUGUUAAUUUCCGUCAGCAGUAUCCAGAGCUGUUUGAGAACCUGACGCCAGAGGCUGUGCGCAGCACUAUUGACGCCGGCUAUCCUGGGAUUUUGCCUAGCAGAGAUAAGAAUGGAAGAGUCAUACUCCUUUUUAAUAUUGAAAACUGGGACUAUGAGGAGAUCACUUUUGAUGAGAUCCUUCGCGCUUACUGCAUUAUUUUGGAGAGCCUGCUGGAAAAUGAAGAAACACAAAUUAAUGGCUUCUGCAUUAUUGAGAAUUUUAAAGGGUUCACGAUGCAGCAAGCUUCAGGCAUCAAGCCAUAUGAGUUGAAGAAAAUGGUAGACAUGUUACAGGACUCAUUUCCUGCUAGAUUUAAGGCCGUUCAUUUCAUCCAUCAACCCUGGUACUUUACCACCACCUACAAUGUGGUGAAACCCUUCCUGAAGAGCAAGCUUCUUGAGAGGGUAUUUGUGCACGGAGACGAUCUGGAGAGUUUCUACAAAGAAAUAGACGCAGACAUCCUACCAGCUGACUUUGGAGGGAAUCUGCCAAAAUACGAUGGAAGAAUAGUGUCGGAGAAACUCUUUGGGCCAAGAAAUGACUCCGAGGAUACAGCGCUCUAAUUAUAUAUGUGUAUCAAGUAUGGUUUUAGAACAAAUACCCCAAACUAGCGCUAUAUAAAUAUUGACUUUAUUUAGAAUUGAUUAUGCAGAAUCCUUAUGUACAGCAGGGCUGUAAUGAUCCACAAAGUAUUUUGUAGGUAAGUUGUAGGAGAUUUAAAAGCAUUAUAUGAGAUAGGUAUAGAGGAACCCACAAUAUAUAUUCUACGUUCUUUAAGUAUAUAAAGGCAUAGGGAAUGUAGCCUCCAGCCUGUAUAACUUGGUCAGGUUCACGCUGGUAAAUUUUAUUUUCUAAGCAUAUGAGACAAGUGAUGUUGAGCAAAUAGCUUAUUAAAAAUGUCAUGAAAAA